CUCGGCCGAGCCAGUCCCGUGCUACACACCGCCCGCGCCACACGCCCCGCGCACCACAGAAAUGAAACUCGACUCAAAACAACAAAAUUAAAAAAAAACAACACGCGCACAAAUCAUGUACUAAAACCUAACGAAAACAAACAAACAAAAUUCACCCUUCGUAACAAAAGAAAUGAAAGUGAAAAUCGCAGUGCACUGACCGAUGCAACAUGUUUAGCGAAAAUAGAUGGAAAGUUAUUCUGUUACUGGUGGCGUCCGUUGGCGCUGUCGAGCCGAGCCGGGCGCUCAGCCUAGUCUACCAGAAACCGUACAAAAACGUCAUGUUUGUGCCGAAGAACCUGUACCGGAGGACGAGAGCAAGGCAGUCCAGGGUGCUGUUCCUCGACGAAGAUGAGAACCACCAGCCAUUCGGAAAGGGUGAAAUUGACUUGACUCAGGACAAAAGCUACUCGAAAAUCAAGUUUGACGAUCAGCCUGAUUACGAGUUCACAUCGCCUGAAGAUCCUGAAGUGCCAAAGAAGUUGAGUGAGGAUUUGCCGUCGGGCAAUGAGCGGUUUUACGAACCGUUGCCGCGGUUUCGGCCGUUUUCGAACCAUCCGCAUUACUACCAGGGUCGUUUUGGCAGGACUUACGCUCCGAACUUUGGGUUUGACCCGUACCCUGUGGCUCCGUUCGCUCCUUCGGUCCGGAACGGGUACUAUCCUGGUUGGAAGCCGAGGAGUCCUCGAGUGGUGUUCCCAUAUGCGUCAGAAAGUGUAAACUCAGUGCAGACGAAUUCUCAUGCGGGGCCUGGUGGGUUCAAUGAUAAUGUUGUGUUUCGUGAUCAGAAUUUCGGUUUGAAUGACGUUGGUGAUGAGCAGGCGUUGCAGGACAUUGGGACUGGUUCGGGAGACGGGUUUGCUGAACGAGAUGCCAACGGACCACAACGAGCUCGAUUCGAAAAAAAUAAAAGAAAAAAAGUUUUAGAAAAACCAAUGUUUAUACAGACUGAAAUACGAACGCCAAUGAAAAGGGUCGAUUAUUACGAAUUCCCUAACGUGACGAAUCGACUGGCGGACUUGCCGAAAUUUAAGCCAAUCACAGACGAGCAAAUGUUGAAAAUUAAUGAAAUACUAGACUCUUUGCCUUCGAGGCUACCGAAAAGGAAGGGACGUGUGAUCAAUAAUUUGAACAGUCCACAGAAUGCGAUAAAACCCCCUGUGACCACAGAAAAGACUAAUAACAUACAUAUACAGUCAAAUGACAGACAAGAUGUGAAAAAAUGUCCACAGGGAGGGACUUGCGAGUUCUUCUUUUAUUGUUGGAUGGUCGGAGGCCUAUUAGAUGGGUCUUGCGGGAGCCUGUUAAAGGGUUGCUGUCACAGAGUGGCCAAAGCCGGAAUUUUGGGAGUACAGGACUCAAAUAGCCUUGAUGCUAGCAGUGAAGGGUUGAGUUACGGUCCCGUGGUAAAUGAUGAAAGCUGUGGUAUUGCCGUUGGUAAGCAGACUGCCCAGCGAAGGAUCGUUGGUGGAGACGAUGCUGGCUUCGGCACCUUCCCCUGGCAAGCAUACAUCAGGAUAGGAUCCUCAAGAUGCAACAUGCUUAUGUCGAUAUUCGAGCUUAUCGGUUGGAAGCAGUGUUGGAUAGAGAGAUGCGGUGGUUCCCUAAUAUCGAGGCGCCAUGUAGUCACAGCUGGCCACUGCGUCGCUCGAGCCCAACCUCGCCACGUCCGUGUCACCCUCGGCGAUUACGUCAUCAAUUCUGCGGCUGAACCAUUGCCUGCAUACACGUUUGGAGUCCGAACGAUCAAAGUCCAUCCCCUGUUCAAGUUCACGCCGCAGGCUGAUCGAUUCGAUGUGGCUGUCCUGACCUUGGAUAGGAAUGUCCAUUACAUGCCGCAUAUAGCACCCAUCUGUCUACCGGAGCGUGGCUCCGACUUCCUGGGCCAGUACGGCUGGGCAGCAGGCUGGGGGGCGCUCAGUCCAGGCUCUAGGCUGAGGCCACGCACCUUGCAGGCAGUGGACGUCCCAGUGCUGGACAAUAGAGUCUGUGAGAGGUGGCAUCGGGCCAAUGGUAUAAACGUGGUGAUAUACCCAGAAAUGCUGUGCGCUGGCUACCGAGGUGGUGGCAAGGACUCCUGCCAAGGAGACAGUGGGGGACCUCUCAUGCUGGAGCGAGCUGGUCGCUGGUACCUCAUAGGAGUGGUCUCCGCAGGCUACUCCUGUGCCAGUAGAGGCCAACCAGGUAUCUACCACAGGGUCGCACACACCGUCGACUGGAUAUCACACGCCACAACUCUAUCAUAGCAUGAUGAUGAAGUGAAGUGAACGAACUAAUGUGCCUUGUGAUUAGAAGUUUUAAGACUUAGGUAAAAAGGCUCAAAUUUAAUUGACUACUGAAUUUCCAUGGUUGAUUUAUUUAAAGUGUGUUAGUAUUAAGCAUGAUUAAAAAUAAAUCUGAUUAAAAUUCCUUUCUUAAUUGAAAGUUUUGUUUAAUCGUUUUUAGUUUUAAUUGUGUUUAGUUUUUAUUACUUUGUGUGUUUUAUGCAAAUGCUGUUGAAUAUUAAAUGUUUUAUAAAUUUAUUCAAUGAAUAGAACAAAAGCGGGAAUUUUAUAAAAAGUCAAAGUAAUUAUGAAAACUUAAGUAGCCUUUAAUUUGGUUGUAUAUCAGUAAAGUCCAUUUUCCCAGGCUACAGUCCUAUGAAAUAGUUAGGUUAUAAAAAUACUUCGUUUUAAUAGCAUUUUUAUUUCCUAUACAACAAAGGCGGUUUUCAUUUGACAAUGGAUAUUUUUCAUAAUUGAUAUUCGGAAGAAAAAAUCAUAUUCAAUUUAAGUUGGUAAUAGAUUUUCAAACCUAUUACAAAGCAAUAAGGAUAAAAAUCUUUUAACAGGAUUUUAAUAUGGUAUACGUUGACUUGCUAGUGCCUACAUUUAUGUAUACUUAAAAUAUUUUGUAUAAUAAAUAAACCAUUAUGAUAACCCCCAUUCCACCAAAAUAGUCAAUUAAAUAACCAUUUAUCAUUAUAUUUAUACAAAAUAUAAAUAACUGUUAUGAAAUAAAUUUCACAAAAUAAAAUGUCACUCGUUAUUAUUGCUCUUGAAAUAAUUUAUUUUAAGGAUUUUUUUAUUGUGAUAAAAAUAAUUAAAUUCUAUGGGAUUAUUGUUGCAUGAUAUACUAUACAUUAUAAAUACUCGCUGGUAUUGCAAUUUUAUAUUUUAAUUCUUAUUUAUAGUGCCUUAGUUUGAAACGUGGAGAUUGGAGCCAAUUGUUGGUCACAAAUGUUGGUGCAAAGAACACUUGGGAGCAAAGAAACGGAGUCACUAGCGAUUUUUUCAUUUUAAAGAACUCUAUAAUUUAAAAUAAUAUAAAUUUCACAACAUGUUGUUGAAGGUCUCAUUCUCUCAAACCCUCAUUUUUAAAGGUAAUAAAAUUGUCUUUGGUACGACAAUGAAUAAAAUAUUUAACUUUUGAUAAAUAAUUUUGACUUUUGUCUUUUUAGCUAGCUAUUCCGUAUUUUUGUUCCCAAGUGUCACCAUCCACUGCUGAACAAAGAUCUUUUUUUAGGAAGGUUUUGCCAUAGUCCCCACUGUUGGCAAAUAGCAUGGGGGAUCAGUUAAAUUAAUGAGUAUUCCAUGAAAAUAAUUUUUGAGGAUUAUAAGCAUAUGAGUUUUUCAAGUAUUUGUGACCAAUAUUUAGCUCCAGUUUUUACCGUUUUCAAAUAAAUAUCUUUUGUAAAUAUCCCGCUUAUUGUAAAUACGUAACAAAGCGAAUAAUUUUACAAGAUUUUUUACAAUUUCUACCAUUUUUUAUAAAUGUUUAAUGUAAAUAAAUAAUUAAUUAAUUAAGUAUUAAUUUAAACAUGCUUUGAGUAAGUUAUUCUGCUUUUAAUUUAUUUUGUACCAUUUUUUUCUACUUUUUUGUUAAACAUAAUCUUAAGUUAUUUUUUUUUUGUUUUAUUAACGAAAACAAAAAUUGUUGUUGAUAAAGUAAGACGUAAUUUAAUGUUAAUUUAAUAAAUUGUAUUUAUUGUUAAUUUA